AUGGCUGAUGGCUCCUCUGUCAGAGGGCAGUUCCCCCGGCUGGGUCUGCCGCUGCUGGUGCUGUCUGCUGGCGCGGGCUGUCCUCUCCGGGGGGCCCUGGGCCAGGAGGAGGGGGCCUCCUCUUCCUCCUCCUCCUUCGGGGAGCGCUGCCUGGGCCUCUUCACCGGGGGGCUGCCGGAGUUCGUGCUGGACCCGGACGCCUCGGUGGCCAACGGGGCCAGCUUCCUGGGCUCUCCUCCGGUGGAGCGGGCCCAGGACUGCGUCAGGGCCUGCUGCCAGAAGGCCCGCUGCAACCUGGCGCUGGUGGAGGAGAGGCCCGGCCCGGAGCCCCAGGCGGCCGUCCAGGGCUGCUUCCUGCUGGACUGCCUCUACGACCAGGCCUUCGUCUGCAAGUUCGCCAGGAAGGUCGGCUUCCUCAACUACGUCAAGAGGGAGGUCUACGACGCCUAUGUGGCCCUCGGGGAGCAAGGGCACCGCGCGGACGAUCAUCCACCUGUAGCCCGUGCUGGGAUGGACAUGAAGGUGCAGCCUAAUGAACCUGUGACACUGAGGGGUACUGAAAGUUUUGAUGACAAUGGAAUUGUGAAAUAUGAAUGGACACUUCUCUCUGGAGAUGCUUCAGUGGUAAUGGAGCAAGAGGAUGACCAUAUGACACUCACAAAUUUGCAGGAAGGAAUGUACAUCUUCCAGCUCACUGUGACAGAUGCUGCUGAACAGCAGGACUCGACCAACAUCACUGUCACUGUACUAAAUCGUGAGCAGACAGUAGAUCACUGCUUGGCUCCUUAUAAGGUGGGUCGAUGUCGUGGUGCAUUCCCGCGCUGGUACUACAAUCCGGCAACCAUGGAGUGUCAGAAAUUCACCUUUGGGGGCUGCAAACCUAACAAGAACAAUUACCUGAGAGAAGAGGAAUGUAAACUUGCAUGCAAGAAUGUCCAAGGUGCUGUGGAAAAACGACAAGAACCAGUGUGCGAUGGAAACUGCCCCCCCUUCUCUUUCAAAUGUAGAGAUGACUGCUGUAUUGACAGUUUCCUGGAAUGUGAUGAAACACCAGAUUGCACAGAUGGAUCAGAUGAGAAGUUCUGUGAUUCAUAUGUUCAAGGAUUCAAUAAAUUACGCAGGAUCAAUGUUACUGUCAGCCAAGCUCACUGUGUGGAUAUGCCAGAUACGGGACUAUGUGAAGACAGUAUACCUCGCUGGUAUUACAACCCAUUUACUGAAAAAUGUGAUCGUUUCACCUAUGGAGGCUGUGAUGGCAACAAGAAUAACUUUGAACAUGAAGAGGCAUGCAUGAAAUCCUGUACAGGUGUCACAAAAGCUGAUGUGAUAGGCCAGAGGUGGAGAGGAUAUGAAUAUCAGCGAUCAGGUUUAAGCUCUUUUGAAGUUGCCAUUGCAGUGCUCCUUGGAGUGUGCAUUAUGAUAGUAUUGGCAAUUCUUGGCUACUUUGGCCUGAAGAAUAGAAAAACAUACCGUCGCCGACGCCAGCCAGCUACUGCAGCCAACUCCACACUCUCUUCAGUUCUUUCCACUACAGAGGAUACAGAGCAUCUGGUUUACAACAGCACCACAAAACCAAUUUGAUUCUGAAGAGCUACCCUCCACAACUGAGAGGGGGGACAAUUUUUUUUUUUUUUAAGUUUGGUAAUACUUUUGAAGAAGAGGCCUACAGCUGAAGGAUUCCCCCAUCCCUUUGUUUUCCCUUCUCUUAGACUAUCAAAUUCUACCCAUCUCACAAGCCUUUCCAGUUGUCUUGAAUGCGUGACAGCUGCUAAGGAAGAGGAAUAACAAGAUUAUAGUCUCCUCACCUCUCCUGUUGUGAACAUACAUUGAUGACUCCGUGUUGGUAUUUUUCUUAGUUCUUCAAUGGGAGGGAAAAUUAUUUUCAAUAUAAAGACUUGCUGUAGCUGUUGAAGGAGCCAUGGUUUGAUUUGGUAUGGAUUUUCCAUUGUCCCACAAAUAUAAUGAAGUCUACGUUUCUUUUGGGGGGAGGGGGAGUCAUAAAACUGUUGAUUAUUCCCUCCCCCAAAAUCAAAGUGAUCUUAAAUCCAAGGGUCUAAGUACUUGAAGUAAGUGGUGCUUCUUGAGUUCCAGAUCCAGUAGCUUUAUCCAUGUGAGCUUAUACAUGGUAGUCAAAUGUUUGAUUGGCCACUGAGGUGAGACUGUCCUAAGUUUUCUAGAGCCUAUAGUAGGUACACCCAUGUACCUUUACAAAUGGGGAGUGCACCUUGAAUACCCAGCUUCUGGGUAUAGACACCACAGUGGAAUACAUAUAUUAUGGUCAUUGGAUUUAAGUAUAGUUUUCACCCAUGAAACAUUUCCCCAAAUGAAAAGUCUGGAUCUACAUUUGUUCUCUUCUUAACUGCUCUAUCCUCCCUUCUGUUUCUACCUCCAAAAUUGUGAUUUCUGCUUUUAAUGUUAAACUGAGUAGUUCAGUAGCCUGUGUGUUUUGAGUGAUGCACUUGUGUAUGUAUUUAUUUUUUAGAACCAAAAUGUGACUGUAAAAAUAAUGUUCUGGUAUUCUCAGAUUUUCUCUUGAAUACACAGUGAAUCAUGUGGAAUAGCACAUUCCUCCUUGCCCUCAACUUUGUUAAAUUCAAAGCAUUCCUUUACUAAAGUAGUGCCAUAUAUGGAUUCUUCUUCAUAGCCAGUUUUCAAAAUAAUUUCACAAGAAAGGAGAAUCUGAGAAGCAUGAGACUGUUUCUUGGGAACAUUAUAAGGGAAGUAGAAGCUAAGCACAAAAUUAGCAGGGAUGAAUUGAAGGAAGAAGAUUAUGUUCCAGCUUUUCCAUUCUGACCAAUCCUAGAUAUCAAUGCAAAGAAUGUGUAAAGCUGUGCCUGUUAAUACUUUGAGUAUCUUGACACUGCUGAUCGCAAGCCAAGCCAGAGUCCUCUUGUCUAUCAUUCAAUAUAAUGGAUUUUAAAAAUCUUUCUCCCUGCCCCCAAUCCCCUGUCUGAUAGAAUCUUCUGUCUAAUUGUUAUCUGGAGCAGGGGCCACUAGGGUACUACUUCCAUUGCUCUCAGAGUGGCAGUUGUAUGAAUAGACUUGCUCUUAAAUUAUUUGUAAUUAAUUCUCACUUUCAUGCUCCCGAGAAGCUAGUAGCUCUGUCAAAGGAUGCUUUGGAAACUGGACCAAAUACCAAUUGCGUUUGGAGAAACAAGUAGAAGGCUAUCUGCUGAAGUCAGUUCAAUGUAUAGCUCUUCUACUUCUUUGGAAAUGCCCUCCAUUAUGAAGGUGAGGGAAAGAGCAGAAAAUAUUUCUGUAUUUCCACCUUUUGGGGUGAUGAUGGCAUGUGAUUUUGUUUUGUGUAUGUGUAUAUAAGGACUUUUUACUUGUGUACAAACCACUGCUGGCUGAGGUCAACAGCUGUUUGCCAGGACCAGAUAUAUAAAGUGUGGAACUGUCUAAAUAUGCUCAGUGAAAGUGCAGAAUGGAGUGGGGAAGGUAAUGAUAUGAUUUGCAAAUGUGCCUUUAAAGGAGGAGACAAAAUGGGCUCACUUAUUGUGCCUUGUAGUGGGCAGAUUAAUUCAUGUAAAAACCCUGCACUGCUCUCCGAGCCCUCAAAUCUGUGUUCUCUCCCUCAGUAAAUAAUAAUUUUAAUAAAAUACUUUCUUUGUAUUUAACUUCCUUGAAAAAUUGGUUCUUUUUUU